AUGGCCUCCCAAACCCCCAUGGAAGACAUCAUGCGCUCAAAGUUAACCGCAGCCCUCUCCCCAACAAAACUCGAAAUCCACAACGACUCGCACAAACACGCGCACCACCAAGCGAUGGCAAACUCGACCUCCGCAGAAACGCACUUCAGGGUCCUGAUCACGAGCGAGGCGUUCAAGGGCAAGAUGCAGCCGGCGAGGCAUCGCAUGGUGUAUGCGUUGUUGAAGGAGGAGAUGGCGCGGGAGGCUGGGAUUCAUGCGUUGCAGUUGAGGACGAAGACGGUGGAGGAGGAUGAAAAGGCGCUGGUGAGGGAGAAGGAGGAAGAGGAAGGGAAGAAGGAUGCUGGGGUCAUGGUUGAGGGGAACUCUUAG